CGUGGUAUUUGAAGUGACAGUCCGAUACUGACUGUAGUAAAAAAGGCUAGUAUAGAAAAUCCUCUGACUUGCUUAACACUUAAAAUAUCAGAAAUCUAAAUGUAAUAUGCUAAUGGAAAAAAUGGAUCUUGAAGAAGAACUGUUGCAAAUGCAUUCAACAAACGUUCAGAAUACUAGUCUCUAUAAAUUACUUUUGGUGAGUUUGGAAUCGGGACAUUUUGCAGCCUUCAAGAGUUUUAUUAACAAGGCUCUCAAAAAACAUGAUUCUGCAAUUAAUGUCGAUUACAUUUUUCCUGAUCCCUAUAAUAAAACAUUUCUGGACAUUGCCUGCAGCGAAGGAUUGAGAGAUUUCGUUGAAUUACUUUUAGAAUUGGGUGCAAAUCCCAAUCGAAUCAAUGAAUCAUACAAUCGAGCACCUCUUCACUUUGCAACAGAAAAUCAACAUGUGGAAGUUUUACAAAUUCUUUUGGAAGAUCCGGCCAUCAAUCCCAAUUUGGAGGUGGGACGUCAAACUGCUUUUCACAUUGCAGUGAAGAACAAAGACUUGAAAUGUGUCGAAGCACUAUUGAGUGCCGGGGCAAGACCGGAUAUUGUUAAUGCCAAAGGAAUCACACCUCUUCAUCAAGCAGCGUCUACAAAGCAGAAAGAACUCGUUCACCUAAUUCUCAAUACAAAAUAUCCCAUUCCUCUUGAUAUUGAUGCUUUUAGAGAUUUUCGGGGACAAACUGCCAGGGAUGUGUUGAUACAAAACUUUCCCGAACAAUCAUUGCCUGAACAACAAAAUCGAAAAAUUGAUUUCAAUCUUCUGAGGUACUAUCUAGACGCAAAUGAUGAGAAGAACUUUUUGGAGAAUCUAUCUCAAAUUGAUCAGAAUGAACCAAUUGAUUUUUACGAACUGAUAAAAAUUGCUUCCGAACAUAAUUUGUCAGAGGCAAUUGUCAAAUUGAUAAGUAGAGAGGAACUUGUGGAAAUGUCAGAAGCAGCUGAGAUUGCUGUACGACGGGGUCACUACGAAGUAUUGAAGAAGAUUCUCAACCAUGACCGUCAAGUGGGAAAGAAAUUGAUUAUAGUGGCUUGUCAGGAAUUAUCAACACCUUGUAGAAGAAGUGUGGAUUAUCAAAAAAUAAGACUCAAGUGUUUGAAAAUUAUUCUGAAGCAAAAAGAUAUCGACGUCCGUAUUGAAGAUGACAAAGGCAAUACGCCAUUACACUAUGCGGCAAGGGCUGAAAAUGCAGAAGCAGUGGAUUUGCUAUUGCAAGCCGGAAGUUUUAUCGGUCAUCUUAAUCGACUAGGUGUUCCUCCUCUGGCUCACAUGUGUCCCAAAACACUAGAUAACUUCUUCAAUUCCUGUAUUAAUAGCAAUAAUGAACGUUCGGACGAUUAUGAAAUUAAUUUUGACUAUCAAUGCUUAAUGCCGAAUGCAUUGAAGAAAGAUGGGGAGGAGCCACUCUUGGGUAGCAAUCAAAGGAGUUCUGAUAUGAAUUUUAUGGAAAUGCAGACAUUACGCUACAUUGCGGAAACUAAAGCACUGAAACAUCUUCUGAAGCAUCCGCUUUUAACUUCAUUCCUAUUUAUCAAAUGGAGCCGGAUUCGUUACAUUCUAUACGUUAAUUUAUUUUUCUACCUUGUAUUUUACGUAUUAUUAAAUACAUAUAUAAUAUUAGUAAACUCAAAGGACGGUGAGUUGAAGACUGAUAUCCUCACAGCGCAAGAAGGCACAUUUUUGGCAGUGACCGUCAUUGCGAUAAUAAUCCUAGCUGUAAGAGAAUUCUGUCAGUGUUUAUCUUCACCAGGUCAAUAUCUAACAAGUUAUGAAAAUUGGUUUGAAGUGACGUUAAUUAUUUUGGCGGGAGUAUUUUUGGUGAACCACAAUUCGCAAAUUGGAGCAAUAGUCAUACUGUUGUCAGCAUGGGAAGUGGUGAUUCUAAUAGGACAACUGCCGAAAAUGUCAACUGGAAUUGAAAUCUUCAAAACUGUUUCACUAAAUUUUAUCAAGUUCCUGAUUCUUUAUGCAUUUUUGAUACUUUCAUUUGCGCUGGCAUUCUUUAUUCUGCUGAAAGACGAUGAAAAUCAAUCAUUUGUAACAGCGUCACAGUCAAUUUUCAAAACAAUUGUUAUGCUGACGGGAGAAUUCGAGGCUGGCGACAUUCCCUUUCAUCUGCAUCCAGUACUGGGUCAUCUAAUAUUUGUACUCUUCGAAUUUCUCAUCGCUAUCGUUCUAUUCAAUUUAUUAACCGGUCUUGCAGUUAGUGACACUCAGGAAAUUUUGUCCGAAGCCGAACUUGUCAGCUUGAUUUCAAGGACAAAGUUACUUUCAUACAUCGAAGGAGUGGCAGUGGGUUUGCCAUUUUAUCCCAAGAAUUGUGUGGCCUGUUGCUUGCAACCAAUUUUUCGGAGUUCGAGAUUAAACCCUCUUUAUUUGAUUGCAAAGAGAAUAUUGGUGUUCAAAAAAUUUUUGCCCGAAGGUAAAUUGAGCGUGAAGCCAUACAAGAAUCAUGAGAUCGUGCUUCAGGGACGUGGAAGUUUUUCAAAAAAAGCUUUUCCAAUACUCAAAUUAGAUUCGUCAAUUACGACAAGUGCAAAGUCAAUUAUUGCUAAGAGGGAAUAUGUUUCGAAGGAGGAUAAAAUUAUUUCCAAAUUGGAAUCAUUUGAUAAAAGACUGGAUAAAAUUGAGAGUCUUAUUCUCAAUUUGAGAGAAGCUUUAGAGGCGAGUAAAAAUAAUGACAUCAUCGACAGUUAGCUUCAGAGAUGUUAAUUAUGUAUUUUUGUAUCUGCUACAAUUUUAUACAGAAAAAUAAAAAUAUUAUUGAAACAAAAUUGAAAGAUAGAAGCUAAUGCAGAUAUUUUAAUGCAAAAAAUUAAUUAAAGUUGAUCACUACUUACCUUUUAAUGAGAUAUUUAUUGUGAUCCUUAAUAUCUUUAAUAUCUUCUCUCAUCUUUAAAGAGAUGUUUAAUAAGAAUCUGCAUUGAAAAAAAUAUGUUAGUAGAUAUACAGGGCCGGUUCUGGAUACAGAUUCCCUUACCGACAUUUACCGACACUUGAAAUAAAAAUUGGUCUUCUCAUUUUUUCUUUGUUUCUCUUUAUAAAUUUCUUGCAUGGAAUGGAUUAGAACCAUUUUUUAUUUCAAAUGUCGGUAAAUGUCGGUAAAGGAAUCUGUAUCCCGAACCAACCCUGUAUAUCUAAUUUAGAUACAAUUAAUUUUGUAGUUUAUAUAUAUGUUACCGGCAAAGUAUGUAAUCAGGCAUUUUAUAAAAUACCUAGGCAGUAUAUAAAAUGCCUGUCUGUCUCAGGCAAUGUGUAUAAAAAAAAGAUUUUCUAUACAUUGCCUAGGCAUUAUAUAAAAUGCCCACUAGACUUUAGGCAAAGUAUAAAAUUUAGUUUUAUUUCAAAUAAUAUACAUUUUUCUGUUAUAAAAAUAUUAACUUUCUUUUGUAAUUUAUUUGUUACAACACGGCAUACUUGAAUGACAUUUCGACUGACACUGGACCUUAUUUUUUAUGCAUAAAUAUUUGUUGCUUUGACAGUUUUUUACAAGAACAUUUUACAAAACCUUGGCCUGUUCCUUUUUCUCGGUAGCUUUAACAUUAUUAACAUCACUUAUCAACUGCUUAUACCGUUCGUCUGAUAAAAAUAUACUGUUUUUUGCCAUUGCAUUUUUAAUUUUAGAAAAUUCGGAAAAAAUCUAUCCCUUGUCACUGAAACAUUUCCUAUUUCUGCACUCAUUUUAAGUUCAAAUUUAUGUUUCUGCGACUGAUUACCUCAAAAUGUGAGAAUUGACUGACAAAAUUUGUAUUUUCUGUUAAUUAAGUAUUAUUCUUAAGAGUUAGAAAUAUUGAACUUCAUUGUAUAAAAUUACUCACUGCUAACAUGCAGCUAUGUAAACAUAGCUAAAAUACUUAUUGUUAUAUACUUAUUAUUUUCUAUUUGUAAUAGAAAAAUCGUGGAAAGUGUUUAUAGAAAAAGGUAGACGUUUCAAGCUGCUGAGACUAUUAUAUACUUUACCUUAUGCUCGAUGGGCAUUUUAUAAAAUACCUAGGAAUUUUAUAAAAUGCCUAGGCAAUAUAUGAAAAAAUAAUUUAAUUAUAUACAUUGCCUGAAAUGGACAGGCUUUUUAUAUACUGCCUAGGCAUUUUAUAAAAUGCCUGGAUUUCAUACUUUGCCGGUAACAUAUAUAUAUUUUCUAACAGACUUUUAAGUAUUUAAGAAAAAUUUUUCAAAAAUGUUUGUCAAUUUACUAUACAAUUGAAUGUUAAAAUUUUAUAGAAUAUAUUUACAACAAAGUUGUGUAUCAAAAUGUUUAUAUC